UUUGGGAUUUCCAGGAGGGGCGUGAAAUGGGAAGGAAAUGGCACGCGGUCGCGGUACUUACCAUAACGUACAUUGUGGCCACCACAGCCGUUGGCGCUACUGACACAGGCCUCUCCAUCUCCGGCACCGUUGCAGCAGCGCCGGACGAAGCGAGCUCCCUGCAAAAGCUGGCCAGCUUGGACGGAACCACCCAUCAACACGUCUGGCCGCCCUUGAAUGCUGGAUGGCGAACUGCGCUGGGGUCAGUCAUUGGAUUCUUCGCGGCAGCGCUUGGCAGCAUUGGCGGGCUAGGUGGAGGUGGGAUCUUCAUGCCGAUGCUGACGUUGAUUGUUGGUUUUGAUACCAAGUCGGCAACUCCGAUGUCAAAAUGUAUGAUCACGGGAGCUGCUGUUUCAACCGUGUACUGCAACCUCAAGCUGAAACACCCAACUUUCAACAUGCCAAUGAUAGACUAUGAUCUAGCCCUGCUCAUACAACCGAUGCUCAUGAUGGGGGUCAGCAUUGGGGUUAUUUGCAAUGUGAUAUUCCCCGACUGGCUUGUCACGGUUCUCUUCAUCAUCCUUUCUCUAGUUACUUCAACUAAAGCUUUUAUGAAGGGUGUUCAAACAUGGAAGAAAGAAGCACUACUAAUAAGGGAGGCGGCAGCGAAAAAAUCAAAGCAAUCCAGUGAUGGAAUUGAGUAUACACCGCCUACCGGAUCCGAUGACAUAGUAGAGACAAGACCCCCCACAGAUGAAGCGGUAUCCAUUUGGAAGAACAUUUACUGGAAGGAGUUUGGACUCCUUAUCUUUGUUUGGGCAGCAAUCCUUACACUUCAAGUCGCCAUG